ACCAAACAGAGCCUUAAAAGUGGCGAAACAGCGGCCUGUGGUGACCAGUGGCCAAUGUUUUUAUAUUCUGGGUAUGUUUAUGAUCCCGAACUUCCAUGGCAGGGUCUAUUGAAGAGCGAGAUUCUCAUCUGCAUAAGUUCACUAUUAGCGGGUUUCAAACACGUCUUUACUUCUCCAAGCUCCGUGGAAAAAGAGCCAAAAGCUAUGCACUCUGGUAAUGCAUACCUCCAUGGCAUGAAGUCUGUGACAAAAGGUUCUCUGGCCUACAUUGCCACGCAGGUUCGGUUUUCAUUGAGCUCCUCCUCUGUAUUUUCUUGCACGGACAUGGUCACGGACUCGGAAAAUUUUUAUCAUAGUAUUCUUGACCUGUUAGAAGAUCCGGAUGAAAGCGAGGAAGUAGCUGACCUGAUGACAUGGUGGACACGUCGAAUUUUUCCUAACUCCUCCACUUCACAACAAACCAUUAGCAAAAACAGCGUGCUAUCCAAAAUUCAGGAAAAACGUGCUGCCCUUCAUGCAUGGCUCGAUGCUAGCGCUAAUUAA